GGCAAUCAAGACAUCAAGGCCGCAAGUGUGAUGAGCGAGAAUAUGGAGUUGAUGCAGGCGCGGGCCGAGAAGCUCAGUCGGAUGACGAACCAAACGGAAGGGAUGCAACAGCGGGCGAUGGAUUUCGCAGCGGCCGCCAAGGCGUUGGCCGAACGGGAAAAAAGAAGGAAAUGGUGGGAGCUUUGACGAGAAGAUGCUGCAGCGCAGUGAGCCUGGUCUUAGAUGAUUGAAUCACAGGGAAAAGGAUGAGCCAGCGCAAAGAAUGUAGAGUUAGUUUUAUGAAUUCCCGUGUUGUCUAGUGCAAACAGUUGCCUGAUUUUUUAAAACCAUGUUUUGGGGAUGUGCUUCAAUUACGACGUACAGCGGUGGAGCGCUGAAGAAGCCCGCUCUCAAACCAAAAGAUGGGAAAUGAGAGGCUUUACAUGGAACCCCUGUCCGCCCACUAGGCCGAGGCAGCGAAGAGGCUAUGGAUGUCAAGGUUUUAAGUGUAUAAAUGAGGAGCGAUGGGCAAUCACAUGGGAAAGAGGAGGACGCUUGGGUGCCUACGGAGGGAUUUUCCUCAUCUAGGACUCAUCGCGAUGAUGGUGGGG